AUGCAGACAACAACAACAACAGCAACAGCAACACACACCGAACACCCCCCCAUCCCCGAACUCUCAAAGAACCCCCUCCCCCUCUCCGCCUACCAGGAGGGCCAGGUCCGCGACCUCUACUACGCCCGCGUCCGCGGCCGCUGUGCCGAAGAGAUCAAACAAUUCGCCGACUGCGCCCGCAACCGCACCAUCUCCGCCGCCUGGGCGUGCCGCACGCCGCGGCAGGCCAUGAACAGCUGCAUGGUGCUGCACGCGACGCCCGAGGCGCAGGACGAGGCGCGCGACGAAUGGUUCCGGCGCCGCAUCGAGAAGCGCAUCAGUGAGCGCGAGAAGGUCAUGGGCGAUGGCACGGUGCGGGGGAACCCGCCGAGGGCGGUUGUGGGGUUUACGCAGUUGGGGAAGGGGAGUGAGGGCAGGUAG